GACACAAGGACACUGAAGAUUUUGGGGCUCCCGUGGAGCAGUCGCUUUCAUUUUUGCCUAGCCGUAACAGCAGCAGCAGCAGCAACGCUGAACCCUCGCUCAACUAGUGGUUCCCGACAGGACGUGAACGCGGCAUUGGCCAGGGGCGGGUAGGCGCUAACCGUGCAGUAUGGCGGACGAUGGAGACAGUUCGAGCGGACCAGUUGACACAAGCGGCGGGCAGGGGGCAGCGGAGGAGUCGGACGGGCUCGGCCUCGGAGGGAUGUUGCUGAAUAUCAGUAUUUUAGUUCUGGUAGCGGUGGUCUGUCUGGCGGUCUACCGACGGUGGGGCAAACGGCUAUACUCGUACGCGGCCCAGGGCGACGAGGCCUCGGCGCUUCCCAAGAUGAGGAGACGGGACUUCACUCUGGAGCAGCUGCGGGAGUACGACGGUAUCCAGAACCCCCGCAUCCUGAUGGCCGUCAACAUGAAAGUUUUCGACGUGACCAGCGGGAAAAAGUUUUACGGUAAAGAUGGUCCUUACGGCAUUUUCGCUGGCCGGGAUGCUUCGAGAGGCCUGGCCACCUUCUGCCUGGAGAAAGACAUCCUGAGGGACGAGUACGACGACUUGUCAGAUCUCAGUGCUGUACAGAUGGAGAGUGUUAGAGAGUGGGAGAUGCAAUUUAUGGAAAAGUAUGACUACGUUGGAAGGUUGCUGAAGCCGGGGGACGAGCCGUCAGAGUACACAGACGAGGAGGACAUCAAGGACCACCUGAAACACGACUGAGAGGUUCCAUCACUUCGACCAAAGCCAGGAGCCCCAAACAGCUGUGACAGGGCCCCCCCAGGCCCCCCUAGACCACUUCCUCCAUUUCCUCCUGCCCUAUUGGCCUACCUGCCACUCCCUUCUCCUGCCCCACUGGCCAAAAUCUUCACUCCUGAUUCUGCCCGGUGACAUGGCUGCUCUGGAAUGGCAGAAUUCAAGUGUAAACACCCAGACCUCCCUCUUCUCUCCAUCCCACAGAGAUCACCACCAACAGAAAGCGAUUGACUGCAAAAACCUUCGAGGAGCUUUUUUUAUCGACAGCAAACACGUCUGGGGGCGGUGAGAGGCCUCGUGCCAUUAGAUGUAUCUGAAACAAAAAUCCUAAAAUAUUUUAAUCAUUUGUCCGGGGGGAGGGGGAAAGCGUGGUCGUCAUGGUCGCCGCAGGGCAUGGGUGGAGGCUGGUCCGAGGUAGUCAGAGAAACACAUUGGUCUGAGAUGAUCAGUGGACUGGGAUGGGGAAGCGGAUUUCUCUCUUUUUAUCUUUGGUUUAGUCACAUUGCAACUGAAACUGCUUCAGCUUCGGACAGCUUAUCAAUCAAUCAUUUGAUAUAUUUUUUUUCUUUUCUUUUCUUUUCUUUUUUUUUGUGUUCAAGUCAUUGUCUCCCUUUGUUCAGAGGGCAGUGCUGUGGCCUAACCAAAGGCAAUUGGCAGGGCGUCGCAUUUUCCUGUUGUUUGUAGUGUAUGCACUACUAGUUUUCUUUGUUUGUCACCAUGUGAUUGUAUUUGUUGAGUAGCAUAGAGGGAGGGCAGGGCGGGAGGGCAAAUUUUUGUUUUGUUUUUUCUCCUUUUUUUUUCUCUUUUUUGUUUCCUUUUUAUUUUGGAUGGGAGGGGGUGGAGGGGUCAGAGGUCCUCGCCAUAUGAAACUUGUUUUGAAUCACAUCAGAUGGACUGAAUCAGUGAUCGGGAAUACAAAGGGAAGAUGACAGGGCAGUCCUAAUCAAUCGACUCAAUUGUUUACAUGCCUCACAAGCCAGCUGCAAGUCUGUAGAUUCCCCUGAAAAUGGUCCAAGUAUUAAUUGUGCCUUAUUUUGUUUGUUGUGUCAGUCCUGACCGGUCUAACAGAGGAGGCAAGCAGAAGGAUGGAGGUGUGGGCUUUUCCUAGACUCGGUCCCCCAGACUUUUAAGAAGGCAUAUGUUCUAUCAGUCGUCCAUGCACAGACUGUAAUAUUUCCCCACUUCACAAACUUUGUAAAUAGUCCGUAUGAAUUACUCAGUGUUACUGCCAUAUUUAUGUAGUUGAUGAACUCCAUAUACGUAUAAUGCUAUGUCGUAUUGGCCAAACCCCCCCUCCAUUGUUUGUUUUUUUUAUUUUUUGUUUUUCCUUCUUUGCGUUCUGAACUUCUUUUAAAUGUGGGUGAAUUUCCAAACGGGGGGAAAAUAAAAUACAAGGAGCGUUGCAGUGUGCUGCAGGGUGGGACCGGGAGCUGUUAUUGCAGAAAAUUCUUUUCAGAGCCGUUGCUUAUCCUGUAAAUAUAUCUAUCAUUUUAUUAAAGCAUGUGCAACAACAAAGUGAGCUAUGCUGAAUUCCCACCACAUCAUGUAUUUAAAUGUUGGGCGUGUGUGUGUGUGUGUCUGCGUGACAGAAGCAGGAAGGGAUUUGUUCAUGCAUAAUAAAUCAAUUUGGUUAAUAAUUGAA